UCUUUCAGUUCGCGGCGCGCUGCGUGCGAUUAUCUUCAGGAAUCAUCCUCGUUGUCGUCGUCCUGCAAAGGUGAUCGGUCGCAUACUAUGUCCUACUGAGAGGAAAAUCUCCUUAAGAUGCUGCGGCGUGCUACCGCUGCUCUCUUCACCCUGGUGAUUGCUACAUCCGUGUCGCAACUCACUCAGGAACCAAGAAGCAGUAAUCGGGACAACGAUGUGAUUCUGAAUAUUAGCGAUGAUCAAAAGGUUCAAUAUUUGAGUCAAAAUAUUGAUUCCGAUGCGUAUAAAUACGGUUAUGAUGUCGGACCAAAUGGCCAAUUCCAUCAUGAAGUGCGUGGACCAGAUGGUAUCACUUACGGAUGUUAUGGUUACAUUGAUCCGUUCGGUGAACUAAAAUCGACAUUUUACAUCAGUGAUGGAUGGGGUUACCGCGUUGUUCGGCCCGGAAAGGAUGUGGAAUUAUUCCUUCACAAGCACGAACAUCAUGAAACUGGAACCGAUCAUGAUCAUCAUGAGCAUCAUGGUGUGAUUACACCAUGGCGAGAAUUAUAUUUUCCCGCAGUAUGCGCGCGAUACGCAAACAUAAACGGUCGACCUCCUGUAAAACCAGAUGGAACAGCACCUAUUGGAAGUGGAUCAACGAUAGAUGUGAAACCAACUGAGCUUCCUCAUAGGCCUGGUGUACCUGAAUAUCCUGGUAUUCCUGGAACCCCGGGUACUCCAGGUUUGCCACCACAACCCGGAUAUCCCGGCACGCCUGGAACACCAGGAACACCUGGUACCCCAGGCACACCAGGUAAACCAGGAACACCAGCUUAUCCAGGAACUCCAGGAACUCCUGGUACUCCAGGCACACCAGGAUUGCCACCACAACCAGGAUAUCCUGGCACCCCAGGCACGCCAGGUAAACCAGGAACACCAGCUUAUCCAGGAUAUCCUGGAACUCCUGGUACUCCUGCAGCUCCAGGCACACCAGGAUUGCCACCUCAAUCAGGAUAUCCGGGCACGCCUGGUACGCCAGGAACACCCGGCACACCAGGAAGACCAGGAACACCAGCUUAUCCGGGGCAACCAGGAACUCCUGGUACUCCAGGCACACCAGGAUUGCCACCACAACCAGGAUAUCCCGGCACGCCAGGAACAUCCGGCACCCCAGGCACGCCAGGUAAACCAGGAACGCCAACUUAUCCAGGAUAUCCUGGAAUCCCUGGUACUCCUGGAGCUCCAGGCAUACCAGGAUUGCCACCUCAACCAGGAUAUCCGGGCACGCCUGGUACGCCAGGAACACCCGGCACACCAGGAAGACCAGGAACACCAGCUUAUCCGGGCCAGCCAGGAACUCCUGGUACUCCAGGCACACCAGGAUUGCCACCUAAACCAGGAUAUCCGGGCACGCCUGGAACGCCAGGAACACCCGGCACACAAGGAAGACCAGGAACACCAGCUUAUCCAGGGCAGUCAGGAACUCCUGGUACUCCAGGCACACCAGGAUUGCCACCUAAACCAGGACAUCCGGGCACGCCUGGAACGCCAGGAACACCUGGCACACCAGGAAGACCAGGAACACCAGCUUAUCCGGGGCAACCAGGAACUCCUGGUACUCCAGGCACACCAGGAUUGCCACCACAACCAGGAUAUCCCGGCACGCCAGGAACACCCGGCACUCCAGGCACGCCAGGUAAACCAGGAACACCAGCUUAUCCAGGAUAUCCUGGAACUCCUAGUACACCUGGAGCUCCAGGCACACCAGGAUUACCACCUAAACCAGGAUAUCCGGGCACGCCUGGAACGCCAGGAACACCCGGCACACCAGGAAGACCAGGAACACCAGCUUAUCCGGGGCAACCAGGAACUCCUGGUACUCCAGGCGCACCAGGAUUGCCACCACAAUCAGGAUAUCCCGGCACGCCAGGAACACCCGGCACUCCAGGCACGCCAGGUAAACCAGGAACACCAGCUUAUCCAGGAUAUCCAGGAACUCCUGGUACUCCUGGAGGUCCUGGCACACCAGGAUUGCCACCUCAACCGGAAUAUCCCGGCACACCAGGAUCACCCGGCACCCCAAGUACACCAGGAAAACCAGGAACGCCGGCUUAUCCUGCGCAACCAGGAACUCCAGGAAUACCUGGCACUCCUGGAACUCCAGGCACACCGGGAUUGCCACCACAACCCGGAUAUCCCGGCACCCCAGGUACGCCAGGAAAACCUGGAACGCCGGCUUAUCCGGGGCGCCCAGGAACUCCUGGCAUUCCUGGAAUAGCAGGCACGCCAGGAUUGCCCCCACAACCCGGAUAUCCCGGCACACCAGGAACACCCGGCACCCCAGGUACACCAGGAAGACCAGGAACACCGGCUUAUCCAGUGCAACCAGGAACUCCUGGCAUUCCUGGAACCCCAGGCACACCGGGAUUGCCACCACAACCCGGAUAUCCCGGCACACCAGGAACACCAGGAAAACCAGGAACGCCGCCUUAUCCGGCGCGUCCAGGAACUCCAGGUAUUUCUGGAACCCCAGGCACACCGGGAUUGCCACCACAACCGGAAUAUCCCGGCACACCAGGAACACCCGGCACCCCAGGUACACCAGGAAGACCAGGAACGCCGGCUUAUCCGGGACGCCCAGGAACUCCAGGCAUUCCUGGAAUCCCAGGUACACCAGGAUUGCCACCACAACCCGGAUAUCCUGGCACGCCAGGAACAUCCGGCACUCCAGGCACACCAGGAAGACCAGGAACACCGGCUUAUCCAGUGCAACCAGGAACUCCUGGCAUUCCUGGAACCCCAGGCACACCAGGAUUACCACCACAAUCCGGAUAUCCCGGCACACCAGGCACACCAGGAAGACCAGGAACGCCGGCUUAUCCGGGACGCCCAGGAACUCCAGGCAUUCCUGGAACUCCAGGGACACCGGGAUUGCCACCACAACCCGGAUAUCCUGGCACGCCAGGAACACCCGGAACUCCAGGCACACCAGGUAAACCAGGAACACCAGCUUAUCCGGCGCAACCAGGAACUCCAGGUAUUCCUGGAACUCCUGGAAUACCGGGAUUGCUACCACAACCCGGAUAUCCCGGCACGCCAGGAACACCCGGCACUCCAGCCACACCAGGAAGACCAGGAACGCCGGCUUAUCCGGGACGCCCAGGAACUCCAAGCAUUCCUGGAACCCCAGGGACACCGGGAUUGCCACCACAACCCGGAUAUCCUGGCACGCCAGGAACACCCGGAACUCCAGGCACACCAGGUAAACCAGGAACACCAGCUUAUCCGGCGCAACCAGGAACUCCAGGUAUUCCUGGAACUCCUGGAAUACCGGGAUUGCCACCACAACCCGGAUAUCCCGGAACGCCAGGAACACCUGGUACUCCAGGCACACCAGGAAGACCAGGAACACCGGCUUAUCCAGUGCAACCAGGAACUCCUGGCAUUCCUGGAACCCCAGGCACACCAGGAUUACCACCACAAUCCGGAUAUCCCGGCACACCAGGCACACCAGGAAGACCAGGAACGCCGGAUUAUCCGGGACGCCCAGGAACUCCAGGCAUUCCUGGAACCCCAGGGACACCGGGAUUGCCACCACAACCCGGAUAUCCUGGCACGCCAGGAACACCCGGAACUCCUGGCACACCAGGUAAACCAGGAACACCAGCUUAUCCGGCGCAACCAGGAACUCCAGGUAUUCCUGGAACUCCUGGAAUACCGGGAUUGCCACCACAACCCGGAUAUCCCGGAACGCCAGGAACACCUGGUACUCCAGGCACACCAGGAAGACCAGGAACGCCGGCUUAUCCGGGACGCCCAGGAACUCCAGGCAUUCCUGGAACCCCAGGGACACCGGGAUUGCCACCACAACCCGGAUAUCCUGGCACGCCAGGAACACCCGGAACUCCAGGCACACCAGGUAAACCAGGAACACCAGCUUAUCCGGCGCAACCAGGAACUCCAGGUAUUCCUGGAACGCCAGGAAUACCGGGAUUGCCACCACAACCCGGAUAUCCCGGAACGCCAGGAACACCUGGUACUCCAGGCACACCAGGAAGGCCAGGAACGCCGGCUUAUCCGGGACGCCCAGGAACUCCAAGCAUUCCUGGAACCCCAGGGACACCGGGAUUGCCACCACAACCCGGAUAUCCUGGCACGCCAGGAACACCCGGAACUCCAGGCACACCAGGUAAACCAGGAACACCAGCUUAUCCGGCGCAACCAGGAACUCCAGGUAUUCCUGGAACGCCUGGAAUACCGGGAUUGCCACCACAACCCGGAUAUCCCGGAACGCCAGGAACACCUGGUACUCCAGGCACACCAGGAAGACCAGGAACGCCGGCUUAUCCGGGACGCCCAGGAACUCCAGGCAUUCCUGGAACCCCAGGGACACCGGGAUUGCCACCACAACCCGGAUAUCCUGGCACGCCAGGAACACCAGGAAGACCAGGAACGCCGGCUUAUCCGGGACGCCCAGGAACUCCAGGCAUUCCUGGAACCCCAGGGACACCGGGAUUGCCACCACAACCCGGAUAUCCUGGCACGCCAGGAACACCCGGAACUCCUGGCACACCAGGUAAACCAGGAACACCAGCUUAUCCGGCGCAACCAGGAACUCCAGGUAUUCCUGGAACGCCUGGAAUACCGGGAUUGCCACCACAACCCGGAUAUCCCGGAACGCCAGGAACACCUGGUACUCCAGGCACACCAGGAAGACCAGGAACGCCGGCUUAUCCGGGACGCCCAGGAACUCCAAGCAUUCCUGGAACCCCAGGGACACCGGGAUUGUCACCACAACCCGGAUAUCCUGGCACGCCAGGAACACCCGGAACUCCAGGCACACCAGGUAAACCAGGAACACCAGCUUAUCCGGCGCAACCAGGAACUCCAGGUAUUCCUGGAACGCCUGGAAUACCGGGAUUGCCACCACAACCCGGAUAUCCCGGAACGCCAGGAACACCUGGUACUCCAGGCACACCAGGAAGACCAGGAACGCCGGCUUAUCCGGGACGCCCAGGAACUCCAGGCAUUCCUGGAACCCCAGGGACACCGGGAUUGCCACCACAACCCGGAUAUCCUGGCACGCCAGGAACACCCGGAACUCCAGGCACACCAGGUAAACCAGGAACACCAGCUUAUCCGGCGCAACCAGGAACUCCAGGUAUUCCUGGAACUCCUGGAAUACCGGGAUUGCCACCACAACCCGGAUAUCCCGGAACGCCAGGAACACCUGGUACUCCAGGCACACCAGGAAGACCAGGAACACCGGCUUAUCCAGUGCAACCAGGAACUCCUGGCAUUCCUGGAACCCCAGGCACACCAGGAUUACCACCACAAUCCGGAUAUCCCGGCACACCAGGCACACCAGGAAGACCAGGAACGCCGGCUUAUCCGGGACGCCCAGGAACUCCAGGCAUUCCUGGAACCCCAGGGACACCGGGAUUGCCACCACAACCCGGAUAUCCUGGCACGCCAGGAACACCCGGAACUCCAGGCACACCAGGUAAACCAGGAACACCAGCUUAUCCGGCGCAACCAGGAACUCCAGGUAUUCCUGGAACUCCUGGAAUACCGGGAUUGCUACCACAACCCGGAUAUCCCGGCACGCCAGGAACACCCGGCACUCCAGGCACACCAGGAAGACCAGGAACGCCGGCUUAUCCGGGACGCCCAGGAACUCCAGGCAUUCCUGAAACUCCUGGAAUACCGGGAUUGCCACCACAAACCGGAUAUCCCGGCACGCCAGGAACACCUGGGACCCCAGGCACACCAGGAAGACCAGGAACGCCGGCUUAUCCGGGACGCCCAGGAACUCCAGGCAUUUCUGGAACUCCAGGCGUACCAGGAUUGCCACCACAACCCGGAUAUCCCGGCACACCAGGAACACCCGGCAGCCCAGGCAUUCCAGGAAAGCCAGGUUAUCCUCCUUAUCCCGGUUAUCCAGGGUAUCCGGAAGGUCCAAUAGGUCCAGUAGGUCCAGAAGGACCUGACGGCUCAAUUGGCGAUAUCGGUGGGAUUGGUGGUGUAGGUGGUGAAGGAGGAGAAGGAGACGUUGGAUCUGAUGGACCUGAUGGUCCAUGGCCAACUGGUUCACCGGGUCCUAAUGGACCUUGGCCUGGUGAUCCAGGAUAUAAGCCCAAAGUAAAGCCAACAAGUAGAUCUUGGCAUAAGGAACCAAUAAGAAAUCAAUAUUCUAGAAUUUAUCCACUUACUAAUACUGACAAUUAUAAUCCGGUUAGAAAAUAUUAUCUCAACAAGAUUGAUUCUUCGUACAAAGGCAAUGUAGCAAAAGAUACUGAAUUGUCAAAAUUACCAUAUAUAAAGACACCAUUAUAUACAGAUUAUGAACAAUACAAACCUCAAUAUGAGGCCGAAACUAUUCCAUCAAUCUACGAAAAAGGAAGGAGCAUUUAUAAUGCAGAUGAAAUCAAUUCACUUUCGCAAACUGGUCCGACAUCGCCAUCAUUGCAAUACAAUGGCGAAGAUUAUGAAAACAUAGAUUUAGAAAAGCUGACUUCACGAGCUUAUGAUGAUACGAAUCAUUUUGGAUUAAGAAACCAAAUAAAAAAACCUGCGAAGAAUGAUUUCAAGCAAUUUUUUACUCACGAUGAAGAUCAAUAUCAGAAAUCAGAAUUCAAUUCGCCUCAUAACUUGCAACAGCUACCUUCCAAAGGUCGAUUGAGUAAAUCAGGGCGACAAGAGAGUGUGUUUAAUGUUAACGAACAAUACGAUAAUCUUACCGAUGUGGAUAAGAAAUCGAUUCCUAAUCUAUCUUUUCAGUCGGAUGGACCCUUCAGUGUUCCGGAAAAGCAGGUAAAUGCACGUCUUGAACAUUCAUUCCAGGCGAAUCCCGGCCUCGACGCUAUUGGGGUUCAGCCACCCAAUUCCAUCAACGUCAAGCCCUUUUCGUUACCUAUAGGGCCAGAUCCGCAAGCAUGUCCUUGUUAUUUAAUCGAGUCAAAUAAUAAUACAAACGUAUCGGCAAGCACGACUCCCAUCCCUGUCAUUGGUCAAGUCGGAUUCAUACCUGUUAUAUUUGUACCAUAUUGUCCCGGUGAUGAAACCGACAGCAAUAAGAUGAAAGUCAUGUUCCCAUCCGUUACUCCUGUUCCAUAUGCAUGCGAAGCAUGUGGCACACAAGACGGUAAUUUCGGAAUAAAAACGCUCGAUGUAAAUCAGCUUGGCAAUAUCAAUUAUCUCAAGCAGGUGUUAAGUCAAGCCAAUCUUGGCUUUUUGAAUGUUCCAGUGAAGAGCAGCGCCGAACGAAGGAGGAGCAGAGGCAGGAAAACGAGGCAGGAAUGAGAAGUGUAACAUUAACUUAUUUUAAAUCGCGAUCCUGAGGAAAGAGAGCUUAUAUUCUUCUGAGAAAUAUAAAUAAAUGUAGGAUAUUGGCAUUUGCCUGUCCGCCAGCUAAUUAGCUGAUGGAUGGCCAAUUAGAAAUACUUAUAAUACUUGUCGGAAUAACCAAAGCUAGUAGAACACAAAGAAUUUAAAAUAAAACUGGUUAAUUGUCAUUUUUUUUAGCAUUGUUAAUCUUAUUUGUAAAUUUGUUUAAUUCUUUGUUCACAUGAAAACCAGUGAACAGAUAAUUAUCUGUCAAAGAGUUUUCAAUUUAACUAGUUAAAAUUUAAAAACA